UCAUCCGACAUCAAACUGAUCUCCGCAUCAGAACAAACUACGUGUUCAGAGGCAUUCAUCGUCACUGAAAAGCAUUCUGUUUCUCGUCAUUAAAAGAACCAGAAAUGGAAUCUAAAGUUUCUUCUUCACGAAGAAGGUCAUCAGGCCCAACGGGUAUGCACAUUAUGAACAACCGAUUGUCGAAAAAACCAGGAUCAGAGGAGCAGCCGAAAGAGCUUCGUCGAAGCUCAUCGACACCACAUGUUAAUGGAGUGGAGAAAAGAAGGACCAGCGUGUCCACACUAACGAUUACUGACGUCGAACAGGCUUCCCUAUCGGAAGAUUCGUUAGAACCACAAACUUCCUUGAAAUUUACCAACAGAUCCUCAACAGAAACAUUGGAGACUGUCGUUAAUGCAACACCACCCAUUGUCAUAGAAGUAGAGGACUACUGCUCUAGUGACGACGUUGCUAUCACCGAAACAGAUUUAGUCCGGGGUAGUACACAGACGAAUGUGCAGGCAAUACGCCCAAUGUUCCAAAAUGGAAAAGUGAGGACUGAAUGUAUGGAAGGUGACUCUGGUUAUGCCAGUGCUACUCUUGCUGUGCAGCCAAUUAGUCAUACCAAAGGAACACCGUUUGAAUUUGCGCCAAAUCAAGACAAACCAGACCAAGGGAAAGCUGUUCUGGAAAAGCUUAAUGGAAAGUGUUCUCUUGGUCAUCUGGUUGAUGCCUUCAACAGAUCUCCAGGGGCAGCUGUCUUGACUGGUGAGUACAAAUCUCGAUUCGUGGAAUUAUUAUGUUCAGACGAUGUUACAUCUGUCAAAUACAUUUACGAUAACUUGUCUGAAACAGCUAAGACAUAUUUCCAUUUGUGCAUCAUUGGUGGAUUUGAAAACUUUAAACUUUCAAACAGAUGCUCCGAGUACUCGGCAGAUAUUGUGCACAGAACACAUUUCAAACGUGCACCAGUUCUUUCCGCGCUGUUUGGAUCGUUAACCGUGUUCAACUUCUACCUUGAAACAUCCAAGGGGAAAGAUAUAAUAGAAAUGGAAGAGAACGGGAAUCAUAAUAUCUUGCAUGCCCUCAUCCUGGGAAGUUUCUUGAAGAUUCGCCCGGAGCAGAGAUACGUUAUGGUCUACGUAAAAGCAAUGGAGUGGUAUGACGAAGGUUAUCAGAGGCGAGCUCUCCUUCAUUGCGAAACCGACGGCGGGUUCCGACCUCUGGAACUGGCCUCAAAACUCGGACAAUACAAACUGACGUUGGAAAUCUUAGAGACAGAAAAGGUGUACAAGAUGAAAGUGGAUAAUUUUGGGCCACAUCUUCACAUUGAGUACAAUGUGUCUGAGUACUACACCACCGGGUCGCGGAGGGAUAAGUCGCUUAUUCGUGAUCUGGUCCGAAUUCGAGAGGAUCGACUGCCUGCGCUACGCGACAGCAACCUCAUGUAUCACCCACUCAUCAAGGCCUGGCGCAGGACGACCUAUUGGGCAAGCCUACCAACAAUAUCAAUUUGGUUCUUAUACCGAAUUGCUUUCGUCGUCUUGGUAUUUUCGCCUAAUCUCACAAACGCUGAUGCCCUGUUCCUAUAUUAUGACUACAUUCUUGCUACAAAUGACAUAAACUUGAGUUUUGUUCUUUCUGGCAUAUCUACCAACUUGACGAUCAUCCAGAACGAAAUGAAGAACUUUACAGCCGUUAGAUUCAUAGGCAAUAAAGAAGUCGUCAGUUGUUUGACAAGUCAUAUUCGUCGUUUUAUGUGGGGUAGUGCAAACUCGACGGACAGGCCAGACUGGGGAAACUUGGAACUCGUGAUGCAGUCAACUCAACCUCUGCUUAUUAUUGCCGUACUCUCUGUAAUUCUCGAUCUGGUGGACUUCGCGAUAACAUCGCUUAGUCGUCUCCGGAAAGGAAAACUAGCGAAUUAUUCGGAGGGCUCCGGGACUCGCGUCAUCGAUACGAAGUUCUUCCGUAUCACCCAUUUCAUCAUGAUUGUGGGAUACGGCAUCUUCACUGCUGUAGCAGAGAUCAUUUCUGCAUUCCUAAGGAAGGGGGGCGUAGGCAUUGGCUUCGUGCAUGUAACCCCCUUGAUCCACUUUUCAACCGUUGCCUACGCUGUGGCGAAGGUCCUAACAAUCUGGUCGUUGUUGUACUUCAUCCAACUAUUUCCCGGGUUAGGAAAAUUCGUUAUUGGAUUCCAGCGAAUGAUAAUGGCGCUGACGCAAUUUGCUUUGGUUUUGUUCAUGAUCUUCAUCUCAUUCUCACUCACACUGACAAGUGUACUGAGACUGGACUGUGACAAACCAGAGUUUCAAAACCACCUUCGAGGUAUGUACUCGACCUUUCUGAUCAUUCUAAACAUGGUGGACCUCAGUAAGUUUAACGUGCAAACUGCUUAUGUAGUGGCCCUGCUCCAUGUAGCAUUUAUCAUGAUCGUGACAAUAUUGCUGAUCAAUUUCCUCAUUGCUCUGAUGUCUAAUAAACAUUCGGAUAUGAAUCAGUACGGUGAUCUGAUCCAUAAGUUGUGCUGCCUUGGAGUGGCAGAGACUGCAUCUCGUAAAGUCACGAUGCUACUGUGCUGUAAGCGCAGGAAACGAAGUGAUCGUGAUGUAAUAGUUGUGACGAGGAUAAGACGUCCAAAGGAGUUCAGUCAUUUUCUUGGAGGCGUAUGGUCUGGAGAAUAACGUCUGUCAAAUGCCUUGUACGUGUACCUGGCUUUUGACAAGAACUGGGGUACUUAUCCAUGGGCUGCUCCCUUGUGAACCUGUCUGCCUGUGGCGUUGUGUGUGGCGCGUCACAAGGUCACAAGCAAAGAGGGAAGAAGAGCGAACGGUCUUAUUGAUACGCAGCUUAGGAAGGCGUUAUCUGAUUAUGUGAGCUGUUAUGUGACAUUGAAGCACACGCACUGAAAGACAAUGGCUUUCGAGGCCACAAUAUUAGGAUCUAUAGUGCGUUGGGAUCUGUACUAAUGAGACAUGAGGCUGAUACUGUACAUAGAAGCAAUAAGUUAAAUCCCCAUUAACAUAAGGGACCAACGGAUCGGGUUUAUUUUUACACCCUCUUCGUCUUUUUCCUCUUCGUUGUAACCAUAGAAUAGGAACUUGAAAAACUUAUCAAAGCUUGUGUCAUGGGUAUCUUAGCAACCCAUCUGUAAACUAUUUUAGUCAUCCUAAAGAAUAUUAGAUGAUAUUUAUUAAUCGUUGAUAGACAAAAACGAUUUCAUAUGAAAAAAAAUGCUGACUGAAACGCAAUCGCAUUUCAAAUAUGCCGGGUUAGUGAAAUUGUUUGCCGUUGCAGCUGAAUUGCCACGGAUCAGCUGAAACCUAUCUGACAUCCAGGGUGACAAUCCAACGUUCCCUCAGAAGGCUGGCGAGGCGAGUUUGAUAUUCCAUAAAGGCUUUGUCACAGGAUAUCAAUGUUUGCGAUGGAAAACACGAAGUUUUGGUUUUGUCAGUUUAACUCCUAAUGGAUGGAAGGAAGCAUGAGAUAAAGCACUGCAGCGCCGGCCUUGAUGCAAAUCUUACCAUCAAGGUUUUUAAACGAUGUUUGUGCAAGACGCCUCUGAAUACCACUAGCGCAGGGAGUCUCUAAUGAUAAUGAGAAAAACAAGACCAUCAAUGUUAUGAACUGAGCUGCAUGGGUAAUAAAACGGCACCUGAUAAUAUCCUUCCAAGAGCGUAAUGGAAGGCAAUCAGUACAGGCGGUGAUGUGUUCUGGCACGUCUGCUUAGAAGCGGCCGGCCAGAGUUAUGUUGGCAGGAUGCAACUGAUGAAGGUAAGAUGACAAACCGCGAUUGGAGCUUGGACCGACAAAAACAUGUCGGCAAAUAAGAAGCCAUUGUGGAGCUUCCACGUUGCCAGCGGCCACAGGAGGACAACAACCAAGUCGUUAUUUUCACGACUACACCAAGACUACACGGACGACCAACGUAAACAAAAAAGUCGUGAACUCAAGGUCAUUUUCACUGUUCCGUACACGACAUUCGUGGAAAUAACCCCGAUCCUUUUUCACAUAGUGCAAGUAACACUGUUUCGGCGGCAUCACAUUCCGUGCAUUUGCACGCUAGCUUUACCCGCUGAUGUAUUGGGCGGAAUGCCGAUGAGAUUUUCCCUAAUUACAUGACCAUCUUUCUUUGUUUUGCCGGAACGUCCGCCUAAUACCAUGGGCCAAAGCCUUGACUCCGGCUUUGUGAAAGCCAUUUCUUCUAUACUCGGUGCUCUGUUUUAUACGCAAAUAAUGAGGACAGUUGGAUCGAAAUGGUACAAUGUGGCGACCAGUUCCCUUUUUUCUUGGCCACUCCGAUGGUUCUAGUA